CGAGUUGCGAGGAUGACGUCUGAGCUAUAUAAAUGUUUUAAACUGGACUAUAACUGUAGGGAGCCACCUUAAAAUACCUGAAGCGAAACGUGAUAUGCAAUCUUCCUGCGGCCUGCUUGUCAAAGUUGAAUACAACAUAGAUCUAAGAUCUUAAUUGAUGUUAUUGUCCUUCGCAUUUGCUUGAUUCAAUCAUGAAGUUAGAUGGUUCUGUAGCAGUUGUUACUGGUGGAGCGAGAGGAAUUGGAAAAGCAAUCACGAAAGCCUUGUUGCAGAAUAAAGCAAAGGUGAUAUGCAUGUGGAUGUUAUUAUAUUUAAACUGCAUGAUUGUUUACUUGGCCUCUUGACUGAAUACUGAUUUCAAAAGUAAUCUUUUUGAAUAUUGCUCCGUUAAGGAGUUUGUGAAAUAAACAAGACGCCUUAUUGAACGUUUGAUCGCUGGUAUGUUUAAAUACAGCGCAAUGCCGCGAUGGAAGCCUGCAUAGAUUUAACGAUGAAGGUGCGAGUAAAGCUAUAUCUGUACGUUUUAAUACACUGCACCGCAUAGCUUCCGGUAGCGACGUGAAAAACACCUAUCUGUACCUUUUUGGAACCCUAUUUUCAGGGGAAUUAUUGCAACGAAGAGAUGCAUGUUGUGUGAAAGUUGUAGCUACAUUUCGUAUCGGAUAUAGGUACUGUUUCGCGUCGCUACAGCAAGCUAUCUGGAAUAGCUAGUGUAAACGUAGCCUAUGUUUAUAAAAGUAUGUAGCGUGUCUAUUUGCGCACUAUAUGGUAGUAAUGCAGACAAAUUGCUCCUAAAUUACACUCCUUUGCAAGUGAAGUUUUUUCUGUGUGCCUUCAAGGGCGAUUGCACAUUGUGCAAUACCGUGCAAAAGUUCUCAUUAAACAUUGAAGUACUCGCGCAUUGUUCAAAAUUCAUGAGCACAUUAGCACAUAUCUUGGUGCAAUAUGAUCUUAAAUUUAAUAUGAUCAUACAUAAUUAAAUUAAGAAAAUUCCUCUGAGCCUCUCGUACAUCUAUUUGUAUACGGUUAUAAUGCUGUAACUCAACAAUGUAGAUUUGCUUUACAAAACGCUUUAUUAAGGUCGCCUUCCAGAUCAUUAGUGUAAUAUAAACAAGUAAGAACAUUAAUUAGGCACAAAUAUUUUACCGGGCUUAACACUGUAGGCAUGUGUUUGUAAAAGGCUUAGUAAUAAAGCCGGUUAACGACGAGCAAGUUUCCUAACGUACAACACAUUUUCUAUAAUAAAUCUAUAUGGAAAUUGACAAGCUUUCAGUCAACCUGAUAUUCAAGGUUUUCACUUCCGCUACCCCCGAAAUCCGCUGCAGCGAAAACCCUAGUCUCCCUCGCAGACGUUCUUAUUGGGGCGAGCCCCACAGUUUGGUGGCUCAUCGAGGUCAAGCGCAAUGCAUUAUGGUCGGUUGCACAUACGUACGUUCGUACGUACGUACGUACAAGGAACUUUUCCUACAUUUUCCUACAGUGAUUUAAAUCCUACCGGCCUUUCGCCUCACACCGGCUAUUUUGAGAACUUUCAGUCCAACACUGCAGUGAUUUACAGUAAAUUUUACGGGCCUUUCGCCUCUCACCGGCUGACAAUUUUUCAUGCGACAUGCGAUGAAAUAUAUUCUUCAUGCCAAAGAACAAAUGGAAGUUGGAAUGGUCAGUAUUAUUUACGGUGGUCAGUAUUAUAAUCCUCGCUAACUAACGUCUGCUGAAUCGAGCUGCACAUUCCAUUCCCUCCGAUCGACCAAUCACAGCGAACCUUCUAUAUUUCGGAAAGUGAUUUAGGGGCGGAAUAAAUAGUACAUAAAUAUUUUUGAAAGCAGUCGUCGGUUGAAUUUUGGCCAAAAUUGAGCAUAAAUUGAAUUUAAAGACAUUGAUACUUGUCUGGGAAAUUAAAUCCAUAAUUAUUAGAUUCGGAUAUUAAAGAUGUUUGGUUAUAUUUAAAACGUGGACAAGAUGGCAUACUGUAUGAAUCUAGUGGCGACAUGAGCAUCAAAUGCUGAAUAUAUUUCGCUGAAAUUUGAACCUUUGACAGAUGUUUAUCUUUAAGACAACAAAACUCAGAAGACAGAAAAUUUGAUAUAAUACUGUGGCUUAUAGAAAGCGAAAUAUUAGUUUCAAAGUAAACUAAUUUGCUGUUUGAGCAACCACUUCUGACUUCUGAAUGUAAACACAACACAAAUAUAAAACCCGAGAAACUUUUAAAUGCGCCGAGAUGAAUUUCUAAUUCGCCCGAACUUCGAAACGUUUAUAUACAUCUAACUGCGCUAUACUUUUCUACAUGACAAUUACUAGAGCUUAAUCUAGUGGCGGAGAUUCACUUUUUCCGUUGGGGUGGGGGCAAAGACUCCUAAAUUUCCGACAAAACUUUCAAAUUUCCGACAACCCCCCCCCCCAUUUGCACUCAAAAAGACUGUUUUUAGCCCUCUUUUAGGUCAAAAUUUCCGAAAAUUCGGCAAUUUUCCCACCAAGAUUUCCGCUACUGGCUUAAUCUUUUAGAAUUUUUCGUCGAAGCCAUGGCAUAUAUUUGCUGCCGAAGGCAGCACACUAUUCUUAACAUGAAGUAUUGCGUUUACGUGUGUCCCAGUCUCUUUGGCCGAGUUAUGUAUAUUAGCCGAACGAAAACUCGAUUUUUGCAAUGUACGAAUGUACGGAUGAUCAGAUUUAUGACGUAUUUUGACGUCACCGAAAUUUUAGAAAGUAACAUACUCCAGAUCGCGAUUUGACUUUCCGAACAUUAUCGAAAUCACAAGAGUGGUAAAUUUGUCUUUCGAGAUUUGCACGCGCGGGGUUGAUUUUAUGUACCACGUGAUGAACUUUUUGAACACCUCGUGACUGCUUCGAAACUUUCAACGGCGUUCGUAAACAAUCUGCGAUGUUCUGGUGGAAUUGAUGCUUUAAUGAUUGAGAAAAUUAUUUUUAGAUCUCUUUAAUAGUAAUACUUUUGACUAUGUUUCAAGAAAUGAAGGUAGAGUCUACAACAUUCUUGAACUGACACAAAAUACACAAAUAUUCAGGUUGUUUUGUACCGCCUUACGUGGGGUGGGACAGCAUCAAGUGACAAAUUAUCGUCGGACUUGAUAUGCUGUCCCACCCCGGAUAAGGUGGUAUUGUCAGUAUGUAUUGAUUACGUCACGUCCACGAUCGUGCCCGAGCGGCCCUAAGUAUUUUGAAAAUAUCCGAAAUUGAGGAGAUUUUGUUUCCGUUCGUCGCUAAAUUUGCCCAAGCUACGAUCAAACCAUAUUAUUUAGAAAGAGAAAUCUUUGUGAAAAGAUGUAAUCGAAUUUGUUUUGCCGUACGACAAAUUUGAGCGGAGAUAUUUGACUUUGAAGGCGAUGCGCCUGUGAUUAGCCUUUUACUGUUAUAUUAUACAUAAUGAGCACACACAAUGUAGGCCACAGAAAAUGUUACAUCAACCGCUCUAAAUGAGCUCAUGGAGUAAUUAAAAGAAUGCAAAGGUAUUAUACUAUCAUGUCAACGAUAUUUUAUUGUUAAAAUGUAUUUAUUUGACUAAUUUGAGAAUGUUUUUAGAAUAGUUUUGGUUGACUAUAAAUUUGUUUAUAAAAACCGUUAAAAAACCCGCAACACUUGAUCAUUCAUUCUGAGAUUGGGCCGCCUGUGGUUGAAUCUCACGAACACCACCAUGGACCCACAGGGGGCCCCACUAUGAGUUAUGAUUGAAAUAAUAUUGUAUUUAUUUUUAAAAACCUACUUGAACCCCUUGAUAAUCGAUUAUUUCUUCUCUCGAAAUUCUGUAAACAUUUUAAACUGCUUGGAGUCAUUAUACUAUCACUCUACAUGACGUUUCACGAAGUAUAGAUGGUCGCUGACAAGUAAGGCCGCGGGCGCGAAAAGACGAAGGCGGGGAAAGAAGGGAGAAUUGAACUAAAGGGUUGAAACUUCGGCGGGUCAUCGUUUGAUGUGUUCCAUAAGUAGGUUGUUCUCCGGAAAUUUCGCACGGGGCCCCAAUGUGAGUUAGGAUUGAAAAAAUAUUGUAUUUAUUUUUAAGAACGUACUUGAAUCCCUUGAUCAUUCAUUAUUUCUGUAAACCUUUUAAAUGGCUCGGACUCAUUAUACUUGACGUCACGAGAACAACCUACUUAUGGAACACAUUGUGCGAAAAAACCCUUCGAGUGUUUCAUGUAAAAACAUACGAAAAAUCAAUCGUUUAUUGAAUCUACUACAUUGUGAAGAUAUAUCCAAAAAGACAAAGAAUCUGCAAAAAAAUAUUCGAAAACACAAAUAAAUUGUGAAUUUUAAUUUUAAGGCAUUUAGAAAUGUCAUCUAGUCGAAGUUUCAACCCUUUAGUUUAAUUCUCCCUUCUUUCGCCGCCUUCGUCUUUUCGCGCCCGCGUUCUUACUUGUCAGCGAUCAUCUAUACUUCAUGUAGAGUGAUAGUAUAAUGAUUCAAGCAGUUUAAAAUGUUUACAGAAUUUCGAGAGAAGAAAUAAUCGAUUAUCAAGGGAUUCAAAUAGGUUUUUAAAAAUAAAUACAACAUUAUUUCAAUGUCAUAACUCAUAGUGGGGCCCCCUCUGCAUGGACCAUGAUAAUUUGUUAAAUUUGUAAACACCUAAAACACGUUGCCUGCUGUAGAUUUUGUAGCUGGCUUGCCGAAAAUGUUAUGUCUGGCUGUUUAUCGAAAUAUUUUUCAAGGUAUUAAAGAUAAAAGUUUAAUCACAAAUAACGAUCUGUUUUGGUCGAAGUAUUUUACCCGUUGAAACUUGAAACGAAUGAAUUAACUCAUUAUUCCCGGGCCAUUAAACUAUAUUUAAAUUAUUUAAAUUUUUGAGCUCGCAGAUUGUCAGUUUGUAAAAAAUCUGAACAUCGUACUUCAAAGUAUAAAUAUUAAAUCACAGUGAUAGUUUAUUAUUAAUAUUGUUAUUUAAUAUGGGAAUAUCAAUUGAGCAGUAUCGUGACUGCAUUGGAAAACACAAUUGUAUACGAAUGAAAAAUUAUCUGACUAAACAUAUUAACUUACCAGCAGUUACAUGUAAUAACAUGUCAACAGACUUUUGUAAAAGGUAUGACGGUCUGUAAAAAUAUAUCUCUGAGAUAUGUCCAUUGUUAGCAAUAAUAUGAAAUGUCCUACCAGCCUACAUUAAUAAAUUCACCUGGCUGUGUCACUAAAGUACUCAGGGUAUACUAUAAUUUUUGAUAAUUAAUACUCACAAUUUCAUGUAUUAUAUAGUUUUGCAGUUCUUGCUGAGUACAAUCAGGGGCGGCGCUAACCCUCUUCGAGUGGGUGUGUGUGAGUGAUCUUUUGCCGACUGUUGUUUGGUAAUUUUGCCGAAUCAUUAGCCUAUAGUAAAUGUGCAUGUUUAAGGGGCGGACCAUUUGAUUUUUUGGGAGGGGGGGGGGGUUGGAAGAUUCAGACUGUGCAAGAAUUUUUUUUCCACCCAAGGGAACAAGACAGAUAUUUUUUUCCUGUAAAAGUGCAGCGCAAGAUUUUUUCCCCCAUAUAUUUCGCGGCAGAAUAUUUUUUUUGCGCUUUCAUAUAGCUAUCGUCAGAGACGUAGCCGGGGUUUUCAGUCAGAGGAGGCCGAGAACUGAAUCCCAAGAGGGGCCAAGGAAUUUUCACUGUGCUUUAUUUUACUAUGGUUAUGUCUUAUUGUUUCCCACACUAAAGCGUGCAGGUUUACUUACAAAAAAUGUAUAACUGCACCAAAACCUAAAACAUGCAGGGAUAGAGUAGAGUACUCGAAAAUGGGGGAGGUACAGUAUAUGAAUGACCUGUAACCUUGGGGUUUCGGGGGCAUGCUCCCCCGAGAAAAUGUUAAAAUUUGAACCUCGGAAAUGCUAUUUCCUGCGUUUUCAGCCAUGGAUUCGUCCACGACAACUUUGCUGUACUAAGCCUAAGGAACACUUACUGUCCUUUAUUUUAAAAUCACAAAAUGAGCUUUCAUUAAUAUGUAAUAAAACAAGAUUUCAAUAAUGCGAUUUUUAACUGCCCUCCGAAACAAUGUUCCGCCAAAUAUAGCUCGAUCUGUAGCUUUUCAAUCGUUCAUACAGAUAGCUUGUUGGGGAUCGGGUUGCAUCCUCUUCAGAAUUUUUUUAAAAUCUAGACUCUCUAAACUGGCAUUUUCGCAUUAAAAUCAUCGUAUAUGCAGUACGUUCAACUUGCAUCCUGUAGAUGGGCCUUUGAAGCUUUAAUAGUUUAACUUUGGAGCUAUGUUAUCAAAAAACGCACACCCAGACUCAACCAUCCAAAAAUACUUUAUCUACCAUGCAUAUUAGAUAUGUAUAAACAACUUUCUCAGGGGGGGCAACAAUUUUGCGGUUUUUGCCAGGGAACGCCACCGGCUAUCGUAUGUUAUAGGCUCCAAAGGCGGUAGAAUCCCUGUGAUGUUGUCCACUAUUCACCCCGUGUUCUUUUAAGCAAAUGUGCCUGCUCAAAAAGGCAAAAUCUUGCAAGCCUGUGGACACAAUACUGAAGUGAAGAACGUUGAGCGCUCUCUUUUGCAUGAUAUUCUUUUUUCUCGAUUAUAUUUCUCGAUUCUCGAUUAUAUUGAUUUUUUUCUUUCUCCUUGGAUUGCAGGAGUUUUUUUCUAAAAUCUUCCAACCAACCCCCCCCCCCUCAAAAAUCAAAUGGUCCGCCCCUAAAUGCGCUUUAUUACCCUCUAUUAAGCCGGUUUUCCACUAGCGAAUUUUUCCGCGCGAAGCGACCUUUUUCCUUUGUCGGCAUCCAUUUUGAAGCCCUCGAAAACCGUCAAAAUUGAGAUCGGCAAAAAAGGGCCGACCUAAAUCUGACCUAGGUCGGCACGUCUCGGCAUUUCUUAAAAUCUGUUUCACGUCUUGGAGCACUAUUAAUCACGCAUUUACGAAUCAUUGAAAUCGGAAUAUAACUGGAACGUUACCUCCAGCCGGAAAAUUCGAAAGUUGGAGCCAAAUUUUAACUCCAGACGCGCGAAAUUUGAUCUACAGACACCUAACGUAUAUACACAAUACCCGUCAAUUUUUAAACUUUACACCGUGUGUGUUUAGUUAAUCGAACUACGAAUCGAAUUCUGUAAUCGCUGACUUUUUAACAGCCAACAGCACCAAAAAUUCUUACUUUGGUUGAAUUAAGGUCGGCAAAAAUUUGCUGACCUUGGAAUGCCGACCUCGUUUUCGAGGACUGAUUUUGCCACGUCUUGCUAACGUAAUAAGUGAUACCGACAAAGGAAAAGGUCGCUUCGUGCGAAAAAAAAUCGCUAGUGGAAAACCGACCGCUUUAUUGCCUCUUUUAUAGAACAGUAGGAUAAGCAACAACAACUGAACAACAACAACCAAACAAAUUUAAUUAGAAAGAAUUUGCAUUGCUGCAUGUGUGGUUUCUUUAAUGCAUGCUAGUCGUGAUAUUCGGUAUGAAUUCAAUUAUUCAGGAAGUCUAUUUUGGUUUCUUCAGUGGUUAUCUUUAGCCAAUCCAGUUUUGCCGACUGAGAUAAUAAUUUGCCGAUUUGCUGACGAGUGGGGGGUGUUCCCCCGCCUGUAGCGCCGCCCCGGAGUACAAUCUUAAUCAUUACAAAUGAAUGGUGUCAUCAGAAGCUGACAUAUAAAACAAAACUGUCAGCAUAUAGAUUUUGUCUCCCCAUCAGACAUCAGCAGAUUGUUCAGUUGUUUUGCAAUAGGGGUGGCUUUGAAGGUCAUGAUAAUUGGGCAAAAACUAACUUAAAUAUUUAUAUAUAUGAAAUUGUUAUUACAUUCUACAUGUCCAAUGAUUUGUUCAAGUAUUAUUAUCGUUUAAAUAUUAUAUAAUACGAUUUGGUAUAGUGUUCAGUUGCAAGCUAGCUACCAUGGCAAUUGGUCAUACCACGCCAAUAAACCUGCAUCUAUUUGAAUAAUGCAAAUCAUUAAAAACUUGCAUAGCAUGACCUGUUGCUAUGGCUAGCUUCACCACUGACAGUGUUAUAAUUAUACAUACAAAGGCAAGAAGUUAUAAACAUUGAAGGUAUCAAAUAAAAUUUCCCAUGCCAAGAAAGUGACCUUCAACCUUGUGCAAAGUGUUUGAUAAUCAAAUUGCACUUUUGCUACCUCCUGAACUACCCUGGUUCCAGAGGUUUAUUUUUAUUAUUUUCAUUGCGAAGGGGAGAGGAAAAUAAAACUCUAGUUGAAAGCGGCAAUUGAUUCAUCGAGCCGCACCAAUCAGUUUGAAUUAAGGUCAGAUCCUGACUCUGUCUCCUGAUUGGAUGAUUGUAUUAAAGCUCUCUGAUUGAUUCAAAUAAAACAUCUAUAACCAAUCAGAGAGCUUUAAUACAAUCAUCCAAUCAGGAGACAGAGCCAGGUCCUGACCCUAAUUAAAACAGAUUGGCGCGGCUCGAUGAAUCAAUUGCCGCUUUCAACCAGAGGUUUCAGUUAAACCUCUGGAACCAGGGUACUCCUGAACAGGCGUGUUAGGGGCUGUUUACAUGAUGGAAGGUGGGAUGAUUUUUGAUGUAUUGGAAUAAGUCACUAGGCUAAACGGCUAGGUUUUUUGCUGAAUUGUGCACUGUGACUCAUUUCAAUACAUCUAAAACAUCCCGCCUCAUGUGUCGUCCUGGCAAAGCGGGAUCGUAUAAACAGCCCUAGCUUAUUCAGCAAAUUGGGCAUGUUGCCAUCCCUUGGGGGCGAGGCAGCACUUUCCUUGCGAUAGUAACUUCUAGUAUAGGAAGUAUUUAAUAGCAACAUUUGGACAUAUCCUGAUAUACUCGUUCUCGAGUUUCCCGAUUGCUUCAGUUGUCAUUGACAUUGUUAACAAAAUUUAAAAUUUCGAUCAUUGCACAGCUCUUACAUUUUAUAUACACCGGUUGUUUGCAGAACAUGCGAGAAGAUGAUCACAAUAUUAUUAAAAAAUUUAACUUCACGUGAACAUCGUGAAGUUCAAGGCUAUAGUUUCUAAAAUAUCUCCAAGCAAGUAAACAAAUUUCAGCCCAAACAGUUAUGUUGCCACAUCAAGGGCUUUCCCCAGUAGCUAAUCUCUCAAUAAGAAGGCUUCCAAUUGGCUCUAACUCUUUUGAACACUGUCAGAUGAUUGGCUCCUAAAACAAAGGGAAUGGAAUGUGCAGCUUGUUUCAGCAGAUGUUAGUUAGGCCUAGUUUAUACGUCGAAUUUCAGUCGAAUUUAAUUCGUCGAAUUUAAUGCGACAAUUAUGCGACGGAAAUUCGACCGAAGUGUUUCGUGCAGUUUAGACGUCGAAUUUUGGUCGGAAAACACAAUAUGUGGGUGUUGCAGGCUUUAAUUAAGAUGGACAGAUGAAGGCUUAUAAAAUAAAUAUGGCGGCGUUCACCAACGCAAUUAUCUUGAAACAAAUCCUGUAAGUUAGAAGAGAAAGGCGUCAGAAACAAUUGUAAUUUUUGUACUUGGUAAUUAAAUAGAAAAAUGCCCCGAAUUCGUUCAUGUCGUCGACUUGAAAAAUCAGUACAGUGUAGUUAUUGGUUGGAGUUGGACUAUCCGUGGUCAAACUAUUCUGAAAAGCGUUUAAAGAAUACUUUUCGCGUGUCACGACAAAUCUUCCCAACCAUUCUUCACAAGAUUGGAAACCGUACCAUGCAGUUGGCAUGGAGAAAUAAAUUAAAACAAAGCUGCCAGCUUUUUUUUGUUUCGUUUUUUCUGUCAGUUUUUUCCUCUUAGAGUUCAUAAAAUUGUCAUUGAGGUUUGUGAAGUAAUGGUCGCACAUUUAUAUAUGGCAGGAUUAUGUGUCUAGUUAUUUUCCAUUGACGGAAGAACAUACAUCAUGAAAGAGAAAAUUAUUGACAUGGAAGAUAUUUGGGUGUAGUAAUUGUUGCAGUAAGCAACGCUUACAUUUGGAAUCCAUCCCUCAAUUUCUUCUUCUGUUAUAGCCAUAGAACAUGAAAGAUGUACUGUUGGAAACGUACGUUUUACAUGUAAUACAACCGCCACGAUAUUUAGUGGAUUUUUCGCAAUUAGAACAUGGAUGUUGUUUGUCCGCCAUGUUGAAAAUCACACUUCGUGGAGUCGACGAAGUGUGUUGUUAUUGAUUUUAGGGUACAGUUGUGGAUAACAAUCUAAUUUAAAUAAUUUAUUCAUUUUACUAAAUUCGACGGAAAUUCGACGUAUAAAUCAGUGUCGCGUUUCGGUCGCAUUACACGACUGAUCAUGUCGCAAAAUUCGACAGCGUCGCAUUUAAUUAAUGCAUCCCGUCGGAUUUAAUCAAUUUAUACGUCGAAUCUUCGUCGGAUAUCAUGACUUGACUGAAAUUUGACGCAUUAAAUUCGACUGAAAUUCGGCGUAUAAACUAGGCCUUAGCGAGGAUUAUACACCCUUUUCAUAAAUGACUGCCGAUUAAAAAUUCUUUUAUGUGCAUAUAAAUUGGCCCAAGUACAGCAUAUAAUCUGGCGACGACAGUACAAUAAAGCCUGUUUCACACUAGCAAUUCUGAUGGCGAUUUUUCUCCUCCUGGCAAAUGUGAUCGAAAGAAUGACAUGCAAAAGCUUUAUUUUUUGUGUGCGAGUUCACUUAUUUAAUUGCAUCCGUCAGAAACUCAAAAUUGCCAGUGUUAACCAGGUUUCAGGCAGCGCUCUUUACGAUUGAAUCCAUUUAAUUUACUGUCAAACGUAUUUGCCCAUAAAUAUUAGCGGUUUACUGUAUACAUAUAAAUGGUUAUCGCUAACCCUGGGUUAAAAUUUAACCCGUUGUUUUAGUUCGUGUAUUUCUGCACGUCUGUUUAUUUCAAAACUUCAGAGAAGUAAAUUUCUAUCGAUCCAGACAAGAUCUCUGAAAAAAUAUUUCCAAAUUUAUAGACAAGCUAUCGGGAAGUUUACUUUGAAUUUUAGGUUAACCGAUGGUUAAGCUAACCCAGCUUGGAAUAACAACCCGCCCCUGAACGACAAUGUUUUAAACCUGCAAGAUUAUUUUUUACACCGAUUAUAAAUAAUAUCAUACAUAAAAGUAUUACUCGUCUGUGAUUGAUUGGUUGAUUUCAUUGAGUGCAGUUAAUCCCAAACAGCAAUGCAAAAAUCUGUAAUCACAGUACAAUUUUCUGUAAUCACUAUGAACCAAUCAACAUUGAGCUACUUAGUACAUCUAAAUUUGCGAAAAUUCACGUCGUUGGUUCUCGUCUUCAUCACAUGCAUAUUGUCGAAACUGCUUUUUGGCGAUAUACUGCUCAACUUUGAAAUUAAAUAAACUUAAAUCCAACAGUUCGUUUAAGCAAACAAUUUGUUCUCCUUUCUAUAUCGAGCUUUUCUAAAAAAAUGAAACAAGCUAAUUUUAUACGAAACUUGCACCUACACUGAAAAGGAAACCAAUACAUGUUUUUAUUUUAGCCAAGCAUAUGAGCUCAGCAACAUUCGACAAAGUCAAGUGCGUAAAUAGUGGAAACAAACUUGCCGUAUAUAUAGUUCAUGAAAACGAAAAUUGGCAAAAAUAUGCUUUACAAUUUACUUGAAACAACUUUCAAAGCUGUCUUUCAUCCUUUCUUUCACUUCUGACAUUCCCCUUAUUUUAGAGACCAGUUAGAGGUCCACCCAUGAAACAUGUAUAGUACCUGCGAUUAUUAAUUAACUUUAGACUUCGCUAAUGCUUUCCUUUCCUUUCACGGGGGGAAAUAGCCUUGCGGAAUUAAUACCCUCGCCUCGGGCUUACGCCAGGAACUAGGGGAUAAUUUGUACCAGUUUAUCAACACAUAUAUCGGUUACCGCCACAGAAAAACAGAACACGUUACACUAAUUAAAAUGACAAACGACUAUAGAAAUGGAUCAAGCGGGGACAGUACUACAGUAUUUGUAUUUUGACUGAAAUGAAGCUAUUUCUCAUGACCAUGUAGGUGUAUUUCAUUGAUAUUAAUAUGAAUGUCGGUAAAAACACGGAGAAAGAAUUCGAGGACGAAUUUGGACAAGGAAUGGCGACGUUUUUGGAGUGCAAUGUCCGAGACAAAGAAAAAUUUGAAGGUAAUGUAGCUAUUGUUGUUGUGUAUACAGGACAUUUUUUAUCCUACGCAGUGGCGCCGCCAAUUCGAUAAUUGGGGGGGGGGGGCGAAUAUUCAUAUAUUUGUGUUCACAGACCAUAAGAACAAUCGAUUUCGAAAGAAGUUAAUAAUGCAGAACACGAAGAUAUGAAUAUUAGCCCCCCCCCCCAAUUAUCGAGCUGGCGGCGCCACUGAUCCUACGUAUUAAUACUUGCUCAAAACUAACGAGCAUACUAUUAACACUUAUUUACUUUUUACAGGUAAACUACGUCAAGCGUUCCGCUUUUGAGUUCCUAACUUGAUUGAAAUUUUCCUCAUUACCUUUGCAAAUUUUAAAACGCCCAUGAAUAUCCAUUGAACGAAUUUACAAUGUUCCUAAAAGCCAAUUAAAUUUUCCUCAGUUCCUUUUAGAAAUUCUUAAUUUCCUGUUACAAGUUCUUAACUUACUAUUCUGUUCUGCGCGUUGUCAUUGGCUAACAACAAUAAUUCAACGCUCAGAGCAGAACCGAAAGUCACUAAAUUAAAACUGGAAGUUAGGAAAAUUUACAAGGAAGUUUCUCUGCAUUCGAAUAUUGCAAUAGCUGAUAGAAACAUUGCAAAUUCUUCCAAGGGAUUUAAUGCAAAGAUAUUUUCAUAUUUGCAAAGGUAAUUAGAAAAAUUCCAAAUGAGUUCGGAACUCAAAAGAGGAACACAUUCACCCGCCAGUAAAUUUUGCAUCAUUGAUUAUCACAUUUUCAACGACAUGCAAUUGCUUACCAUUAUUUUAUAUUUUACAACCGUAUGACAUGCUGUACAAACUAGAAAAUAUUAAAGUGGAAGUCAAGUCCGUUCUGCGCAUCGGUUCUGCUCAUAACCAUGUGAGGACCUCUAAUCUCAACAUUGCCCAAAUUUCGAAUGUUUCGAAUUUUUCUGAUCAUAAACUCUAUUUCAUAUUCAUUUAGAAGCAUAGCGAACCAAAAUGGUGUUAGAUAUUCAGACAGUACAUCAUAUUUAAAAAAAUACAGCAGUUCAAAAUGUGAACAAACCGUUUGUUUACAUUACGGACUUGACUUCCACUUUAAAAUAAAGCUAAGACAAGGUAAUUUUGAAUACAAAUGUGGCCAUGAAUACCACGGCCGCACAUCUGGGCACAGGGGGAGUAGGAACUGGAGGCAUAUUUAUUUUCCCUUCCUCCCCUCCCCCUGUCGCCGACAUUUCUGGGCGAAAACUUUUCAGGUGCCCCUCUUUUCACUCCAGUUUUCAAGUGCCUCUCGAAACCGGUGCCCCCGCUUUGAUUUCCUAUGUCUUGUCUGGGCACUGGUGGAGUGCUUGAACCAUUGAAAUGAACAUAAUUGGAACGCUGCUUUCAGAUAAACCAUAGUUAAUAAAAUAUAUGGUUUGGAAACUCAUUAGAAUAACAAUAUAUCUCAUUACCUAUGUUAGUCUACGUUUAUUCAUAAUUAUGGUCCUUCACUGCACGUGUGUAUUGUAUUUUUGCCAAAUCUACCAAUAGCAAUUUCUCAUUUACUCUAAUGUUCGAGCCACGGCUAGUAACUGUGCUAAAAUGUUGCUAUUGGUUAGUUGGGCAAAAAUGCAAUAUGCACGUACGUGACGGUGAAGAACCAGAUUGAUGAAUAAACGUUGAUCAACACAGAUAAUCAGUUAUAUUGUUAUACUAGUUAAUGAGUUUCCAAGCUAUCUAUUCUACAAACUAUGGAUAAAAUGCAUAUCUUUACACUGCGUGUCUGAGGGUCAAAACCCGCAUGUUUAUGCUUCGCGAUCCCCUUGUGAGACCAGUUGAGAGAGUGAGUAUACAUUAUUAUACAUAUAAAUACAUUAAUGGUAAGUUUUCAGCGCUGUUAAAAAGCUUUCUUGUAAAUUUUAAGCCAGUUUUCAAGAAUAUUAAUUUUGAAAGCUAGUCCCUAGUCUUUACACGCGCAUGCAGAGCACUGACCGGUCAGUCAGUGCUCUGCAUGCGCGUGUAAAGACUAGGGACUAGCUUUCAAGGUUUACUUCGAAUUUCAGGUUGCAGGCCGGUUAACACUCUGGUUAUAUUCGUUUCAUUGGGUUGAACAGAUGACAUGCGGAUCGCUUGGACUUUAAUUAAUGGGUUUAACCUUGCUCUUCUCAUAGCCUGUUUAUGGGAAGAUGGCUGUGAAACUCGUUAGAAUAUCAAUAUCUGGUCCUUCACCGUCACGUGCGUAUUGUAUUUUUGCACAACUAACCAAUAGCAAUGUUUUGGGAAAGUAACAUAUCCGUGACUCGAACAAUAGGGUAAAUUGGAAAUUGCUAUUGGUUAGUUUGGCAAAAAUACAAUACGCACGUGACGGUGAAGGACCAGAUUUAUGAAUAAACGUAGACUAACAUAGAUAAUGAGUUAUAUUGUUAUUCUAAUGAGUUUCACAGCCAUCUUCCCUUCGACAGGCUAUGCACUACUCAAGUUGGGCCUUUGCUAUCCAAUGGACCAUUUGCAUUAUAGACUAAAUUUUGAUCCAGACAAAAAUUUCAUUACAGCUUGAAAGAGCAUCACAAAAUUAGUAAUAUUCCAAAGUUUCGUUGCGAAAUGUUGUAAAAUGCGGAUAAUUUAGCCAUGCGAAGUUUGCCGUUUUUCAGUCAUUUUGUAUUACGCACGGGAAAUUGACAGCCCAAUCGGGUGUUGGGGCAUCAAUUUCUCAUUUGUAAUACAAAAUGACUGAAAAUUGCAAUUUUUGCAAGGCUAUAUUAUCCGCAUUUUACAACAUUUCGCAAGGAAACUUUGGAAUAUUAGUAGUUUUCUGAUGCUCUUUCAAGCUGUGAUAAAAUUCUUGUUUAGAUCAAAAUUUAGUCUAUAAUGCAAAUGGUCCAUUUUGCAUCUCCUGUCAAAUGUGCAAUAGAUCAAAUGUCAAGGCUUAACGUUGAAAUUGACUAUUUGAAAAUUGAUGUUAUCAAACGAAAUGCGCUUGAUACAACAUGUCGUUGUACAUUGUUAGUAGAGUUCUAACAUAUGUUAAGAUUAUAAAACGUAUAUAAAGUAAAAAAGAGAAUAUGUAUCUCCUUUUGAGAGAUAGAUUAUCUCCUUUUGUUUUCCGAUUCGUGUAAUAGUAAAAAUAAUUUUAUUCGGUAAAAGAUGGAUAAUGGAAAAUUCCAUCUUUUUGCUCGUGGAAAUAUUUUUACCAUAGCACUCAUAACCAUGCAUUAUUUGUAUGAUAUACACCAUACAAUUUUAAUAUUUCUCUUAACAAUUUGAAAGGGAUUCUAUCCAAUAUUGUGAAAGAAAAUGGACAUUUAGACAUACUUUGUAAUAACGCUGGUAUUGGUCACUCAGAUGAUGUAGAGAAAUUAGUCUGUAUUAACUUGGUGAGUGGUCCUGCUUUAUAUAAUCAAUUUGUAUCAUGUAAUGCGCACCCCCAAUAAUUUCUUCAUUCAGGGUUGUAUUUCUUUUCAUACUUUAUUUCCUUCUUGCACAGGUAAUUAUAAUCUAUAAUUACCUGUAAUAGUUUGUUGUAACAUUGAUAAUGUGUAAACAGUAUGUUAAUAGGAACAAAACGAAUUAACGCUUAUGCUUUCAUACAGAGUGAGCAUUGUUUCUAAAGUGUUUCACAAAAUCUUAAAUUUUUGAACGCCAGAACUUCAAAACUUGAAAAAUGUUCUUCUCAGGCUUCGUCACGUCCCCGUACAAGAUUAAGUCUCGUUUAAGUUCUCCUAUGAGUUAUUUAAAGGGAUAUGGAAACAACAAUUCAAUCUAUAGAACUUUUCAAAUCAUAUGAAGAACUUCGGUACCGAUUUUUCAUAUUCUAUUUAGUUUUUAGUGCAAAGUUUCUUCGAAACUUUGUAGUUUUGUGAUGAGUGGGGAAAAUUCACAUCUGUCAGUCUGUCAUUCAUUCAGUAAUAGUGUAAGCUUUCCGGGGAUACUUUUAGUCAGUGCUUUGAAUGUUAUUUAGGUAAUUUCAGCUUAAUUAUUUUAAUAUUCUUUAGGUCUUUUGCCAUGCAAAUAUAAAUUGAUGUUAUGCAUUACGGGCAUUCAGUUAAGUGCCGAUAUUAUUUUGACGGUAUAUUCAUUAUACAGAGCUAGGAAGGAGCGAGGCAGUGUUGUUUUUAAAUGUAUAAACAUUUCAGACAUGAAUAUUGAGAAAAUCAUUGAGAUUCUACGCAAUACAUAAAUUGAUGUUAUGCAUUACGCGCAUUCAAUUAAGAGCCGAUAUUAAUUUGACGGUAUAUUCUUGAUACAGCGACUGUUAUAAGGUGCUACAUCACAUAAAUUAUGGCUACACUCAGUACACUGCAACCACAGAAGCCUGUAGAACAGUGGGAAAAUGGACUGAGCAUGCGCGAAAACUGCUCGGGUUUUAGCGGGAGAAGAAGAUAUGCGCGCUUCCACUUGGUUGAUUUAAGAAACAUAAACAACAUGAACGAAGCCUUCGAAAGACAGUUUUGCAGCGGCUGUUUAGGCCCACAAAUCACCACAAAAAUUGGAUUCACUGACAAUUUUAGUGGAAUUUAGUCGAUUAUUUCAGUGAAAAACAAAACAGAGCAGAAAAUUUCCUUUUAAAAUGGCGUCUGAUAGCUUCAAUACAAUGUGAUAUUCAAACCAAAAAUACUAAUACUUCUUCAUUUUUUACAAAGCCAAGAAAUUUAAUACCGACUUAAAAAUGCUUUGAAAUUUAAUGAAAAACAGCGAUAAUUCGUUGGCACAACCUGUAACAUGACAAAAUUUGUGUUUAUAGAAUUUUGAACGAGCGAAAAUGUUUUUUUAAAAAAUUACAAAGUUUACGCUUCGAAAUGAGAGUCAUAGAAAAAUCUGAUUGCUAUGUGUAUCUGUUUUUUAAAUACUUUUAAAACCUAAAAAUAAUAUUUUAAAACUAUUAUAGCACAGUAGAUGGCAAAAUGAUUAUUCCGAUGCUCAUUUUCUGAGUCGCCUUUUUCGUAUAAAUCACAUUUGCGCAUGAAAUUUGCAAAAAUUCAGUACUCUCUUCAUUUUUAGGCGAGUUUACAUUCUAUUAGCAAAAUCUAGAAAGAAAAGCACAUGUUCUGACCUAAUCACAUUUCAUUAGCACAACCUGUAUAUAUGAGAAAAUUAAGGUGAAAAAUAAGCAUUUUUAGCAAAAUACCUCAAAUACUGAAAUUUGACGAUAAUCGUUAGCUCACAGUAUCACUCAAAAACCAAAUAUUUAUACUUUGUCCUGGACAACAAACGCAUGUACUGCAAAGUUCAAGUAAUAUUCCAUCAAUAUUAAGUUCCUGCUCGAGGUUAUUUGCCAUCAAAAACACACAUUUUGCAACGAACGUCAUUUUCAGCUAUGUUUCAAUUCAGCGAAGAAUUCUUGACUGCUAAUUUCCCGAUCGCGACAAGUAAUUGUGGUCUUGAUUAACGUUUAUUAACGUUUACGUCUGCUGACUUUUCCUUUUCCUCUGCUGCAGUACGAGAAACAGGGUAGCGAAAUCUGUAUUUUUGUUGUUUUCACAAUUUUUGCUGGCAAAAAGAAAGCGUCCGCGAUAAAUUUGGUCAGCGAUGACAAUUUUCCCACCUGGUGCCAGCCUGUUGCUUGUGUAGUAUAUAGACCUCUGACCUUUCGUGAUGAUUGUUAAGUUUGUUGACAAGUUAUGGUAACACAACACGGUAGCAUUACACCUUAGUAAUAGACAUGUAGACAUACAGAAGGCGUGCUUUGUCUGGGUUUUGUAGUCAACGUGUAAACAUAUAAGAGAGACUUUAUAAAUAGUUAUUGAAACGUGUUUGGUGUUUUCAUUGAUAUUACAUUGGUGCCGUGACCAGGAUAAAUGGCUACAUCGAAUAGAUCUAGUGUUGCUCUCCCGGAGUCCUUUUCUGAUGGGGAUAUUGAGUUUUGGUUGCGGAAAUAUGAGCUUUGCUCCGAGGCAAAUGAGUGGAAAGAGGAUAUUAUGUUGAAACGCUUGCCUACUCUUUUAUGUGGAAAAGCAUUCGCCGUGUUUGAACGACUUGAAGGAGAACAGAAAGCGUCGUUUAAGAAUGUGCGUGAAGCGCUCGUUGCCGCUUUCAGAGGAGAUGCGACCGGGAUGCAUAUAGCAAUGAUGGAAUUUCGCAAACGAGAGCGUAAACCUGAAGAGGAUAUUCAAGUCUUCGCGUACAAUUUGGAGUCAUUACUAAGACGCGCAAUGCCUAAACUGGGUGCAAACGAACGUGAUAUUCUGCUGAAACAACAAGUUAUCGAAGGGAUAAAUCCUGGGUUAAAGAAAGACCUUUUACAGCAGCCGAAAUUUCCUAUGGCAAAAUGGUGUCAGCGGCGCAACAGCUAGAUUUGGCCAUUAAAUUUUCGUCAAACGACAGCGAAAGUCAUAUCAACCAAACCACCGCAAGCUCGACCGCAAGUAGAUAUCAACCUGAAUCGCAGUCCACUAUUAUCACCCAGAUGAUGGCAAAUAUGGAAAUGUUGACCGAAAAAGUUAACCAGCUGUCAGACAACAUGACCAGAGUAAACGCGGUCGCAUCAAUAAUUCCCCCACAGCCACGACCCAGGGCAUGUUUCCGUUGUGGCAAUCAAGGCCACAUUGCUCGAGAAUGUCGGAAUCCGGCUCGUACCAGAACAGAGCAUCGACAGCGCGAGACGGAAAAUUAUUGUUUCGUUUGCGGGCAAAUCGGACACUUUGCUCGUCAAUGCCCCAAUAGAUUCCAAUCCCCAGCAGCGCGUCAACAGGGAAACUACAACGGGUCGACCCGCUAUUAGGCCGCGAGUUUACCCGCAAUGAUAUGGCCUUACCAAUACAUUGUAUCCAACCGACCGGACUUUUUAUCGAAGCACGUAUUGAGGGACGUGAGCAAAAAUGUUUGGUAGAUACAGGAGCGUCCGUAUCUUUAGUAAGUCGUCAAUUGGUCCCUGGUCCUUUGACACCAUGUUCCCUGAAAGCACGAGGAAUCGGCGGUGAAGAACUUCAAGUUCUUGGUCAAGCAAAACUACAGUUCCAGUUGGGUAAGGACACAUUUGUUCAUUCGUUUGUUGCGGUUGGCAUGACUAAUACUUGUAUUUUGGGUGCUGACUUUCUAAAAGCUAGCAAAAUGCUGGUCGAUGUAGGAAAUUCGAAGUUGUCCUGGCCGGGUGGUAACGUGCCACUAGUUGUAGAGCUUACAACCCCAUCAGUCAAUAAGUUGAGUGUCUUAUUGGAAAAUUAUGCGGAUGUGUUUGUCAACGGUCCGAAUGAUCCGUUGGGUUGUACUCGAGACACGGAACAUUUUAUUGACACAGGAGACAGUCGACCAAUCAAGCAACGCCCCUAUCGAAUCCCUGUACACCUCCAAACCGUGGUUAAUCAACAAGUUGCUGAUAUGCAAGGGCGAGGUCUCAUUAGAUCAAGCACUAGUCCCUGGUCAUCACCAAUUGUGAUAGCGCCGAAAAAGGAUGGAAAUUAUCGGUUUUGUGUAGAUUUUCGUCCGGUAAAUUUGGUGACGAAGAAGGACGCGCAACCAAUGCCACGAAUCGAUGACAUUCUCGAUCAGUUGGGCGGAGCAAGAUGCUUUAGUACACUUGAUCUUGCAUCUGGCUAUUGGCAGGUUCCGUUACGAGAGGAAGACAGGGAAAAAACAGCGUUCUCGGCUGGGGUGAACCAUUACGAGUUUACAGUCAUGCCUUUUGGUCUGACCAACGCUCCUGCCAUUUUCCAACGUAUGAUGAGCACCAUCCUUAAGGGAGUGAAAAGAUGUCUAGUUUUCGUGGAUGAUAUCAUCAUAUUUGCUGAUACGUAGGAGGAACAUCACCUUUUUCUCGAGGAAGUCCUUGGACGUAUUCGGGCAGCUGGUCUGAAACUCAAAAGGGAGAAGUGCCAGUUUGGGAAAUCAUCGGUAAAGUUUCUUUUUUCAUGUCGUGUCUGCUCAAGGUACGGAGCCUGAUCCCGAGAAGGUGAAAGCAGUGCAAGAUUUUCCAACCCCAACCUCAGCAAGUGAAGCUCGGUGCUUUUUAGGCAUGGCGUCUUACUACCGGCGCUUUGCCAACAAUUUUGCAAGUAUCGCCGCCCCUCUUCAUGACCUCACAAAAGGUCAAACGGAAUUCCGGUGGUCACCUCAGGCUGACAAGGCUUUCACCACUUUGAAGCAUCACCUUUGCUCUUCACCAGUCCUCGCCUCGCCAAAUUUUUCGAUACCUUUUACCAUCUACACGGACGCCAGCGAUGUGGGCCUGGGCGCGGUAUUAGGCCAACGCAUUGGCAGUCGAGAACAUGUUAUUGCCUAUGCCUGUCGCGUUUUAACAUCCGCAGAAAAAAACUAUUCAAUACUGAGAAGGAAUGCUUAGCAAUUGUUUGGUCGGUUAAUUACUGGCGGACUUAUUUACUUGGGAAACCAUUCGAUGUCGUGACGGAUCACCAGUGUCUCACAUGGCUUCAGGGACUCAGGGAACCGAAAGGUCGAUUGGAGAGGUGGAUCCUGUCCUUACAGGAAUACCAGUUCCAAAUAAAGCAUCGCCCAGGAAGACAAAAUGGGAAUGCGGACGCUCUCUCUCGUUUUCCAGCAAGGAUUGAUCCACCCAAUCCAGUGAUGAAUGAUGACGACCAACUUGCUGCAGGAAUCGGAGCAACGGAAAUAUUGCCACAAUGGUCCUUGGACGAGCUUCGAGAAGCCCAGAGCACGGAUCACGGUAUUGGACGCGUGAUCCACCAUCUUGCUACAACGAAGGAGCAACCCGAAGCUAGUGGAGACUGGACAACAGAUGGAGGACUUAGACGCUAUCGGCAAAUUUGACCCCAGUUGAAAAUUGUAAACGGAGUGUUGUACCUCCAAGUAGAACCAGGUUGCAGAGAUGAACGGUUGGUUUUAGUUGUCCCUAGAAUAAUGAGAGGCAAUGUUCUGGACUUGUCUCACAACAAUCCAUGUUCGGGACACAUGGGUGUUACUCGCUGUGUGGAACGUUUACAACGCCAGUAUUAUUGGCCUGGGAUGUCAUCCGAAGUACAGCUCUGGAUAGCAGAGUGUGAGCUGUGUACUCGCCGGAAACCUCCAGUUCCUACCCAAAGAGCCCCAAUGCAAAGUAUCCCCGUUGCAAAACCAAUGGAACUGUGGGCCAUGGAUAUCAUGGGUCCACUACCAGUGACUGCUCGAGGCAACCAAUAUGUACUUGUGAUGUCCGACCAUUUUACGAAGUGGGUUGAGGCUGUACCGAUGGCUAACCAGUGCGCAGAUACCGUUGCUAGAGCAUUUGUUGAUCAAGUAAUUACUCGCCACGGAAUCCCAGAUAGGAUCUUGACUAACCAGGGGAGAAAUUUCGAGUCUGACCUGAUGAAGAAAGUAACGCAGCUUCUUGGUGUAAAGAAAUUGCGGACCUCGCCAUACCAUCCCCAAACCGACGGACAAGUAGCGCGAUUUAAUCGCACCUUAAAGGGGAUCCUGACAUCGUAUGUUAAGGACGACCACAACGAUUGGGACAUUCAUCUACAACUAGCGUUGUUCGCCUAUCGGACGAGCAUACACAGAUCAUCGGGCGUUUCACCUUUCAAAGCUGUCUAUGGUCGUGAAGCUGUCUCUCCAUUAACGCUGAUUGAUGGAGAAAAUAUGUCAACCAGAGGCUUAUCAGGAAACUAUUGUGACGAGCUCGAGCAGACCUUACGUAAGGUGCACAAACAUGUUGCGAAUAACAUCAGCCUAGCCCAGAAGAGACAAAAGGAAAACUAUGACAGAGCGACUAAAGUCGAGAACACACAGCUUAAGCCGGGAGAUCGGGUGUGGCUAAAUAGUAAAGCGAUACCGAAGGGGAAAAGUCGUAAGUUUCACCAAGAGUGGACAGGACCGUACGAGGUAAUUCGCCAACUUACCACAUUAAGCCGGAAGUGGGAAAAGCAAAGACGAAAGUGGUACAUCAGAACCGUUUGAAGAGGUUAGAGAGUCGUUCGAAUUCAGAACUACCCAAGAUCAAUGAGCUCAAUGAGCCGGUGAUAACUCAUCAUGACGAAGAACAGUUAACUGUACCGCAAGAGACACCAACUACUGUUAGAGGGCUGCGUCGUUCGACCCGUGUACGUCGACAGCCGGAUCGGUAUCAAGACUUUACUUUAGAAGAUGUCGAGAUCAUGGACGCUCGCUUUUAAAGGAGGGGGAGUAGUGUAGUAUAUAGACCUCUGACCUUUCGUGAUGAUUGUUAAGUUUGUUGACAAGUUAUGGUAACACUACACGGUAGCAUUAUACCUUAGUAAUAGACAUGUAGACAUACAGAAGGCGUGCUUUGUCUGGGUUUUGUAGUCAACGUGUAAACAUAUAAGAGAGACUUUAUAAAUAGUUAUUGAAACGUGUUUGGUGUUUUCAUUGAUAUUACACCUGUAAUACUCUGUGCUGAAUUGCUGAAAUUCGGGUUUGCGGAUCCAGGAUUUUUCGUCUGUUAGUCAAAGUUUUCGGAUGUACAAUCUAGUUUUGCGGGCGGCGAAUGCGCGAGGCACCUAGGGGGGUCUGUCCCCCAGGAAUUUUUAUAUUUUUAAACCUCCGAAACGCAAUUUGCAUCACUCUGAAAGCAGCAAAAAAAAUUAACUUCAUGAAAUGGGAGAUAAUUAUAGCAACUAUCAGUCUGACUGACUCUCACAACUCGCUCCUUAGGGAAAAGUAAAGGAGAAGUACUUGCAGAAAUGUGAUAAUUGUGGAAGAUGUUUCAUUUUAUCAAAUUACGGAUUGCUAGUAACACUAAUUUUUGUUGCCUGAUAGCCUUGUUGAGUCAUUGAUCACUUGACUAGUAAUCACUACAGUGUCAUAUUACUCAAAUAAACAUAUAUCAAUAUUAAAGUCUUAACAUUCAUCUAUAAAACCUGACCUUUAUAUACUAUGUAUACUGCAUUAAUGCAUUUAUAUAGGUUAUCCUCCAUAUUAAUAGCCUUCUGAGUUCUGACGGACCUUCAACCGCAGAAUUACAAAUAUGCAAAUUUGUUGUGUAAAUCAAAAUUCAUAGCUAAAUCUAAAUCAAAAUACGCGUAUUCAAGUUACAAUUUUACAUAUGCAUGGCGCGCAUCUUGUUCGCUUAUAAAUAUUGUUAUGCCGUCUGAAACGAAAUAAAAUUUACAUAUCACAUUAAAUUUACCUUAUUGCACUUCAGAAUAAAGAUCUCGGCGCCAAUACUUCUACUCAAACAGUCAAACAGUAGUUCGUGCCAUUCGUGGCGCUUACGCCGCUUAGCAACUGCUCACUGAAUGGAACUCUCCGAUAUUUAGCGUUGAUUUUCCUCCCAAGAUCAGCGCAACAGUCUUGUAAGACAGCUAAAUCAUUCACCGCAAAUGCGGAUUGAACCGCUUCGUGAAUACUACAAGGACUGGAGUCUGGAGCAGCAGACAUUUCCGACAACAUGACACUUCGAAUGAGCGCGCACUCGGAAAGACUUUACCACGCGUCAAAUAUUAAUGAUAUUCCGACUAAUGGAGCUCCCCUGACUUUUGUAAAUCGGUCAGAACUCCCCACAGAUCAGUCAAAAUCGCAAAAAAUCGCUUGUUUCCAUGGCAAUAAGCGUCUAGACCAAUCAAAACACUGGAUUUUGACUUUUUGACUGACCGACUUUGCGUAUGUCAGCUGCUAACUUGACUAAGCUCGUCGGCUCAAACACCGUAUGAAAUUUGAUCACUGGACUACAGUUCGAUUGGAAUGUUAAUUGCUACCGCUGCAUAUAUGAUAAUAAAUACUGGGCUAUUAUAAGGUGUCGCUGCAUGAUAAAAAAUAACUGGACUAUUGGUCGAAUAUUUAAGACUUUAAUUAAGUUUGCAAUUUUUACGUUAGUCGCGUGACUGGUUUGACGACCCCUAGAUCCGCCCCUGCUAAAACCACACAUACAGCACGUGUCAAGCAUGAUUGAUUGACUGCGUGUUUGGCUCUCUAAAAUUAAUAUGGGUUGCGUAAGGCGGCAUAACACCCUCAGGUGAACAUGAUAUUCAAUAUGACUGGCUGGUGCAUCAAUGCCACACAGAGCGAAAAUUGCAUCAGCGUAAACAACUGACAGAAUUUGCUGUUUCUAUGGCGCCUACGAAGAAAAUAACUUGCGAGACCAAAGAAAAUCUCUUGACUCGUCGGAGCUCUUUAUUCAGAGAGAAAGACGAAGAGAUAGUUCCACAAGACCAGCUCGAAUAGGACGAAAGCCAGUAAACAUUGUCGGUGAUGUUAACUGUUUAUUUCGUGGCGUUUCAAUUUGAAACUUUGCACUAUCCUUGGAUCCCUAGUUGAUUUUGUGUGAAAAAAUUGGUUGACCGCCUAAUUGGAUUUAUAUGUAGUUUUGAUCUCCUCAACGAUGGUUUUGGUGACGCCAAAAACACGGCCAUAUAUAACUACUCCUAAAUAACCAAAUAACAAUUAUUAUUAUAUAAACAGCUCCCGGACAUAUAAGCUAUUCCGCAAUCUUAUUGGUUUUCCACUAGCAGGAUAUUAGCUCUUAUUCUGCUAGUAGAGAAAACAAGAUGGUGGCCUAAGGAUUACCGGAGAUUUGCGAACGCUUUUAAUUUAUAGACUUAAAAGCAAUAAAAACACAAUGAAAAACUCCCAGCAAAUGUUUACAGGUUAGAAAAUCAUUUUAAUAUUUGAACGUACUGGUUAAAAAUGUUUGAAAAAAAAUAAUGCCGAAAGAGGAGAGUUAAAAACAUGAACAGCAAUCAGAACAUAAUUUUUUUAACAAAAUUGAUUUUUAAAAGCAAAAAUUACUCUUUAUAGAAGUAAAGUCAACAAGCACUGUUUGGUCUAAAAAAAUAUUAAAAAUGCACCACUUCCGCCUCAAAAGGUUCCUCCAGAAGAGGUGCUAAAGAGCCUGGGAACAUGGUUGAUAAGACAAACUAAUUUUUUAUUGACAUACCCUUCUAAAUGUCACUGAAUGUCGUCAUCAAUAGGUACACUCCUUAUAUAUAGGCUCUCCCCGUUUAUAUACGUUGCCCUGUUUAUCAGUCAUUUGAGAAUGCUAACGAACGGAUAUAAGCCAGGGCGGUAUCCGUAAUAUCGACUGAGCAUCCAAAUAACUCCGGAUAAAAUUGCGGUUGAAUUCAUGUGACUAGUUCUGGCACUGGAAUACUGAAUUUCAAAUUUUGCAUGUCAAUCAACUGUUCAAUUAUAAUAACCUAUUUGUGUUUUGGUCUUCUGUGUUGAGUGAAACUGCACGUAUGUAGCCGUAUGAGAACAUUUAAGAAACAGCUUUAAAGACUGGGACUGAGUAGUCAGCGGUUAUGUUGUAGAAACGGGCUCAGCAGAAUAGUCUAGCGCUUUUUAAAAAGAUAAUAGAACGAACACAUGUUUUGUAAAAGUUUUAUUAAAAUACUUAAUGAAUACAAUGUAAAAUAAAAAUAACUCGGAGUAACAUUUGGAGGUCCCACCGUGAUAAUGGAAGGUAAUAUGUAGAAAAAUCAAUGUUUGAAUGAGAAAAUACACGAGAUUUCCGAGAUUUAUGAUACUUUAUAUGCGCGAGUUAUUGACAAAUUGUGGAUAUUGGAUAUAUAUGUAUAUAAAAGUUUGAUACAACUUCUACAACGGGAAGUUGGACGAUCUACUGUUGAAAAAUGUCAGAGGAUUUGAUUAUAGAGCUUGAGUCUCGUAUGCUGGGCUUCAAACGAAUAGAAUUAGCCCGAUUUGGAGAAGAAAUGAAAUGGAUACUAUUUUAGACAGCAAAACAAUGAGUCAAAACGAGGAAAGUGUGAAAGCAAAAGAGAAGAAUGAACAGGAACUGAAACAGCUCAAAACACAGUAUGAAAAGUUACUAGUAGAGCAGGAAAAACUCAAAGAUCAAAUAAAUACUGUCCAAACCCAAAAUGAAACAGCUGAGAACAUAACUAUAACUAGUAAAUCAGUAACACAACAAGACAAGCCACAAAGUGCAUUUCUUAACAUGAAAACAAGUAUGCUCCGUCGGGAAUUCAAGAUACAAGGACAAAUCGGAGAGCCAGGGCAUAAAGAUAAACUAGCAUAUCAGUCACUCAUUUCACAGAUUGAAAUUGGGCUGCAAAAGGGGUACACAGAAGAGAAAAUUACCCAUGCUGUUGUUAGAGCUGUUCAGGCUGGGUUAUAACUACGAAGUUAUUUGGAAGGAAUAAAUGGGUUGACAUUAGCACGAUUACGUAAAAUACUACGCUUUCAUUUCCAAGAGAAAAGUGCUACCGAGCUCUACCAGCUCUUGGCUAAUAUCAGUCAAGCCCCAAAAGAAAGUCCACAAGAAUUUUUAAUACGUGCCCUGACGAUUCGGAAAAAAAUAGUGUUUGCAUCAAAAGAAUCGGAUACCAAGAUCAAAGAUGACGAAGGGCUUGUCCAAGGCCUAUUCUUGCAUGCUCUAGAAACUGGCCUUGCCGGGCAAAAAUGAGGCCACUACUUAAGAACGAAUCAGUGGCUGAUGAAGAGCUAAUUGAAAUAAUGAGCUCUGCGAUGGCUGCUGAAUCAGAAAGAGCCACGAAGUUCAGCCAGGUGGGCCGAGUAAAGUCCUCGCCAAAAGUCUCAAAGAUAGAAACCGGAGCGCCACCAAGACCUGCAGAGUCACCAAAUGCACAUGAUAGUGAGAUACUGGCCACAUUAAAAGCUAUCCAGGCAGAAUUGAAUACAGUUCAGUCCGACGAGGCUAGCUUGCGGACGAAAGUAGACCAGUACCUUCAUGACGGGUCGUGUUGGUCAAAACCGAAGAAAUGAUGGCCGUCAAGGUGACUACCCCCAAUUGUGUAAAAAAUGCCACGAAGAGAAUCAAGUUAAUUGUCCUCAUUGUUUCAAAUGUGGAGGAAGAAACCACACUGCCCGACAUUGCAGGUCGGGAAACGAGAGGAAGCUAGCUACCCCUGAGGGACUAGGAGUAACCGCGUCAAACCAGAACAAGUCCCACCGAUGCAGUGGUUGUAACCAAGAGGAAGUUCACGCUAACUUUAAACGUUGUUCUACCUGCAAACUUGUGUAUUAUUGCUCAAAAUCAUGUCAAAAAAGACAUUGGAGUGAACACCAAACACUUUGUAGCGCCAUUAAGGAACAGCUAAAUCAAAACAAUGAAACUCUCAGAGGAGUGGGAGAUAGUUCGGACACAGAAAUGUUUGCAAGUCACCUUUCUCCAAAGAAACACGCUGCAAUUGCUAAACUUGUUGGUCGGAAAUGCUCUGUUCGGUGUCUUGUAAAUGAUGUUGACAUGGACGUGUUAUGGGACACUGGAGCCCAGGUCUCCAUUUUCCCGGAGCAGGUACUGUCUGACAAUUUUUCUGAUUUUUAAAAUACGUGAUAUUAGUGAAUUGCUUGGUGCGGAUUCUGGUCUGAAUUUAACUGCGGCAAAUGGGACAACAAUCCCUUAUAAAGGCUGGGUGGAAACUAGAUUUAGAUUAAACCGAGAAGAUGAAAAAGAAGUAACAGUACCAUUAUUAGCAACACCCGAACAGUUUGAACAACCAAUAAUUGGGUACAAUUUUAUUGAACUGUUUUUGCAAGAAGGUGAAAACUACUCAGAUAAUUUAUCAGUGGCAUACCAUAUAGUGUCAAGUUUCAAUAAUGUUGGAGUGAAAGAUGCCGAGCAAUUGAUAAACAUUAUCCAAAGAAAUGAUGGGGAGUUGUUUUGCCAAGUGAAAACAUCCAAACGCCACAUUACAAUACCGAAGAAAGCUACCAAAACAGUACCCUGUCCAGCAAAUACGGGAACGAUUGAGAAUACAAGACCGGUGCUUUUUGAACCUGAUGAAAAACAAGAGUGCCCCCCCCCCCCCGCGGAAUAAUUGUUCAUGAAACCUUAACAUCUGUGAAAAGGGGAAAAUCCACUAUCAUGCAAGUGCAAGUGACAAACGAUACAAUGCAUGACAUCGUACUACCUGGAUGGACUGUUUUGGGAAGCCUUGAACUUAUUCGUUCUGUUACACCAAUUGAGGUGAAAUCAAAGGAAAAUGUAGAUGAGAAAAGAGUUAUUCAUUCAUCGAGAAAAGAGUUGAUAUGAAUUUUGGAAUGGAGAAACAAAGGACUAGUCAAACUAAGGACCCUUGCCAUUCAACCUUGGUAAAACAAAUGUUGUAUGAGGAGGGAGAUGCUUUUUCGAUCGACGAUGACGACAUUGGGUGUAUCAAGGUCUUGAAAAUGGAAAUAAAUCUUACAGACAGACAACCAGUUCAGAAAAAUUACGCGUCCAUUCCACGUCCACUUUACCCGGAAGUGAAACACUAUCGGGAAGACCUACUGAACAAAAACUUCACACGAUCGAAGUCUCCUUACUCUAGCAGCGUGGUGUGCGUCAGGAAGAAGGAUGGAACCAUGAGACAAUGUGUUGACUACCGUGCACUGAAUAAAAAGACCAUUCAAGAUAGACACCACAUCCCCAGGAUAAGAAACCUUAGAUAACCUAGGGGGAAACUCCUGGUUCAGUACACUAGAUCAAGGCAAAGCGUACCAUCAAGGCUUUGUCAGCCCGCAUAGUCAACCAUUCACAGCAUUUGUGACGCCGUGAGGGCUUUACGAGUGGGUACGCAUCCCAUUCGGACUAACGAACGCGCCAGCUAGUUUCCCACGGUUUAUGGAAGGAUGCUUAGGGGAUUUGAGUGACCAGAUAUGCAUUCCCUAUCUCGACGAUAUUAUUAUAUUUUCCAAAUCAUUCGAAGAGCAUGUUGAACACGUACGUUUAGUUCUGCAGAAACUGCAACAACAUGGUGUUAAACUGAAGCCAGGGAAAUGCAGGUUAUUUAAGCGUCAAGUAUCGUUUCUUGGGAGAAUAGUACCAGAAAAGGGUUAUAACAUUGAUCCAAAAGCAACCGAAGCUGUUAUCCUGUUGAAGAGCAAAAUACCGCGGACUGUCGGAGAGGUUCGAAGAGUAAUUGGGUUGUUAGGACUAUACCGACGUCACAUCAAAGAUUUUUCGAAAAUUGCUAAAUCCAUCUAUGAACUGUUGGAAGGGAAAGUGAACACUAAUCAGAACUCCAGGAAGAAUGGUCAACUGCCAUCGAACCACCCUAUUCAGUGGUCUAUGAAACACCAGACGGCAUUAAAUACAUUGAUUGAUUGCGUCACCUCACCCCCGAUUCGAGCGUACCCUGAUUACAGUUCACCAUAUGUUGUUCAUACAGAUGCUUCCCAGAAUGGGCUGGGAGCCGUGUUAUAUCAGCGUCCAGACGGAACGCUCCGAGUCAUCGCAUAUGCAUCACGCACAUUAAUAACGCAAGCUGAGAAGAACUACCAUUUACAUGCGGGGAAGCUAGAGUUUCUUGCUCUAAAGUGGGCUGUCAGCGAACAAUUCAGGGAUUAUACCCACUGACUUAUAUUCUCUCGACAGCGAAACUUAAUGCGAUCGGUUUGCGUUGGGUUGGGGAACUUGCAGACUUUAAUUUUGAGAUCAAACACAGACCGGGAAAAGUAAACAUCGACCCGAAUAGCCUGUCCGAAAUUCCCGAUGAUUUCGAAAGAUUCAAGGACUCUUGUUCUGAAACGGUUUCAAAUCCGGAAUUCAACGCAGCAGUUUCUCAGAUUUCUUCCGUCAGCAAGGGUGGUUGUCCCUGGAUUACGUCAGUCACCGAUCAGCCGGAGGCCCUCGAGACAGACAAGCUAUUCUUGCCAGAGCGAGAAAACACCAUCCAGUUCAAACAGGCAGAGAUCGCUAGAGCGCAACGAGAAGACCCAACGACAAGUCAUGUUCAGUGAUACGUAUGUACGGACAGGAAAGAAACCAACUCUUGAAGAAAGGCAGCAAGAAACCCCUGAACUAAAAAAAUACCUCCGUGAGUGGCAUAAUCUCAUGAUCGACAGGAAGACCGGUAUUUUGUAUCGAGGCCAGAAACUUGUACUACCAACGAAGUAUAGUUCCCUAGUUCGAGAACUACACGAGAAAAUGGGACAUCUUGGUCCAGAACGCGUUUUCAACCUCGCGAGGGAACGGUUCCAUUGGCCUGGAAUGAAGAACGAUAUUGAACAUUUUAUCACGCACGUCUGUAGUUGCGUUAAACAAAAAAAAACCACCUUUACCAACAGAGAACCACUUCACUCCAUUUCUACUUCCGCACCAUUUGAACUGGUAUCAAUUGAUUUUGUCCAUUUAGAGCGAAGUUCGGGAGGGUUCGAGUAUAUCUUGGUCAUAGUCGACCACUUAACCAGAUAUACACAAGCGUAUCCAACACGGAACAAGUCCGCGGCCACGGCAUCCGAUAAAAUUUACAAUGAUUUCAUUCCGCGCUUCGGGUUCCCAUCUAGAAUAGAUCACGACCAGGGAGGGGAGUUUGAAAAUAAACUGUUUCGUAGACUAGAGCAGCUCUCGGGAAUCGCACAUUCAAGAACGACACCCUAUCAUCCACAGGGAAAUGGCCAGGUGGAGCGGAUGAACAGGACUUUUCUACACAUGUUUCGAACGUUACCCGAAGUGUACAAGUCUAAUUGGAAGGGUCAUGUGAACAAACUAAUACACGCGUAUAAUUACACGAAGCAUGAAUCUACUGGCUUCUCCCCGUUCUUGCUACUAUUCGGUAGACCGCAUCGUCUUCCCCUUGAUUUCAUGUUUAACUUAACAAGAAAAGAAGAAUCAAUCGGUUAUCCAGCUUAUGCCAAUAAAUGGAAGAAAUCAAUGCAGGAAGCUUACAUGUUAGCAUCCAAGUCUGCGGAGAAAGCGGCGUCUAAGGGAAGGAAGCAGAGCGAUAAACGCGUAAGGUUGACUGUCCUCUUACCUGGUGACCGAGUGCUUGUUCGGAACCUAUCAGCACGCGGAGCUGCAGAGGUCCAGGCAAAAUACGAGCGUUCUGGGAAGAGGAGAUUCACCUAGUGGUAUCGAGGAGGAAUCCCGAGAGUCCUGUUUAUGAUAUCAAACCCGAAUCAGGAAAGGAAAGAUACGCACGUUGCGCAGAAAUUUACUGUUACCUUGUGAUUAUUUACCGAGACGAAGCGGGUAGAGAAAGUGAAAGAACAGACCCCGAUUAUACACACCCCAGAGGAUUCAGAAUCCGAUUCGGAGGGGGAGGAGGGACUGUCGCUGCCUCCAAACGAAAUGGACGAACUUGUACAGUUAAGCUUACGACCAGAGUCGGCAAACGACGUGACAGAGGACCCAAGCACAAAUGGCGAUAUUAACCAGAGUAGGGAAGUACAUGGUAAUGAAAAUGACGCGAAUAGGCUGAACAAACAAGUAGAAGAAACGAUGGAAACACCGGGUGAUGUCGAAGAAACACCGCCGCAGUCCACCGUUACGUUUUGGAUACAACGCACUUGGUUGUCCUACGAGUGAAUUUCCUUUCAUUUGGCAAGACCCUAACGUGGGAUUAGUUCAAAUACGAGAUUCAUGGUUUGAUCCACCUUGGAUUGGACCGAUACAACCUCCGAUGAUACCAGUACCGUGGAUGAGUCCAAUACAGAAUCCCAUGUUCCGCGCACAAGUGAUGAACCCUAUGAUAUCACCACCGCCUUUUGGUCACUACCCAACGUUAUUGAAGACAAAGAAGAACAAGUACUCAUAUUAAACAUUCACAUUUAUAUUUAAAAAAAACUUAGGAUUUCACUGUACUUGAUACAAAUUAGUUAAAGUAAGGUAACUUACGUAUUUGGGAUCUUUAGUGUCUUGAAGAGAGAGAUUACGUUUCGGUUAGUGAGCUGGCUUCAUCAACCAACUCGAGUGUCUGAAUUGUGAAGGAUACAUAUAACUUGGAACAGUUGCGUUUUAAGAAGAUACAGAUCUAAAAUGUCAGAGAUGGCAUUCAAGAAGGAGGGGAGAGUGUAGCCGUGUAAGAACAAUUAAGAAACAGCUUUAAAGACUGGGACUCAGUGUCAGGGGUUAUGUUGUAGAAACGGGCUCAGAAGAAUAGUCUAGCGCUUUUUAAAAAGAUAAUAAAACGAACACAUGUUUUGUAAAAGUUUUAUUAAAAUACUCCUUUAAUGUGAAUAAAAUGUUAAACAAAAAUAACUCGGAGUAACACGUGCACUUAUUAAUUUAACGUGGUCGGUAUAUCAAUCGACAUAAAAUCCCGUAUACAAGAAUCCCGAGCGCAUCUACAUUAUCCUGUAUGAAUAAACACGAGUGAUCAUUUGAAUCAUUCGUAUCUGCGUGUUAAUGCAAGAUUAAAUAUAUGACCUGACAUGGCGAGUUGUCCACGUCAUCUGGCGCCAUUGCACCUGUUGUAUAGCGUGAUUGAUUGAAUAUUUGAAUACGUUGUUAUGCAUACCAUUUUCGAGUCUAAGCUACUUCAGAAAACUUAAUUAUGAUGCAAAUACAAUCUUAUCUCGACUCAGAAUUCCAGAGGAGGUCGGACAAGCAGGCCGCAAAGCAUCAUGGGUUUGAGCGCCUAAUCCCAGGCGUGGCUUCAAUGACUCUUUGACUGUCGUGGAGUGAACAUCUCUCUGAGUAAACAAAUAUGGAAGCAUUCGAAAGACAAGAUUGUUAGGCUGCAAUACUUCGUGAAAAUAGCAUGUUAUUGCUGUAUUGUUGUGAUCCUCAUUAUGACGUGUGAGUUACUACACCAUGUUUACCUUAUAUUAAAUUGCAUGGGACGUGCUGUCUUUUAUAGCUUUAUAAAUAAUCCGCGAAGGAAUUGUGUUUUAAAUAUUCCCAAUAGCAAGGCAGCUCUUCUUUCUAUUAAAGUUGCAUGGAAUCUCCGUGUAUUAUCAACGUGAAAACAAGCGCAGUAUUUAAGGUUGGUAUCCUACAAUGCACCACAGUUGACUUGUUUCAAAUUUCCUCUUUGCUGUUUUCAAUAUUGUACUGUAAUUUUAUAAACACACUGUAUAAAUUAUGGCGUAAUAUUUCAAAUAUUAAAUUCAACCCUUUAGUUUGACCCUAUUCCUGAUGAGUGAUGAAUUUGCUAAUGAAAACAUCCAGCAUAUGCUUUUGGAUUUCAGUGUGGAUCAUAUAUUGACAGCGAAUACAAUUGAUGAUGGAUAUUGGUUUUCAGAUGAGUCUGAAGGUAUUGUUAUUUGUAUGUAUUUUAUAAAUUUUUGCUGAGUAUGAUGCCUGUUUGUAUCUAGUUGUGCAUGGUUGUUUAAAUGUGCAAACUGUAGUUUAAUAUUUUUCAAUUUUCAUCUAAACAUUGUUCGUGUGUUGUUCUAAUACACAGACCUAACACAGUUAGAUAUAUUAAGAAUUUAGAGGUUACAUGUGCUUUUGUGUAAGGUUGCUAAUUUUAAAGACGACGGUGCAUGAAAUAAUAAUUUUCUUGUUAUGAUUUUGUAGAAAGAGAUUCACCGUACUUGAGUUGUUGGCUGGUCUUGAGCCUGUUCAGGAUGGAUAUGAUGAAAGAGGUGAUCAAGGUGAUAGGGCAGAAAGUGAUGACAAGUUAAGUGAUGAGGAGGAAGAAAUCACCCAGGCUGUACCAUUCAAGUGCAUCUGUGCUGCUCAUGAGAACCACUACCCUACCAACCAACAUCAUUUGGAAAAGGCAUACCUCACUCUUCAUGAAAAAGAUAAACCAGUGAAUGUAAGAAUACGGCCAGAGCCAUUGAAUCCAAGGGACCCAAGUGCAAUAGCAAUUGAUCAAGAGUAUGGAACUGGAUGGCCCCAUGUUGGUUAUAUAUUGCUGUUGAACUAUGCAAGUAUCCGCACCCAUUAAUUGCUGCAAGAGAUGUCGUGGAUGUCUAUGUUCAGCAUAUCAAGUAUAGGGUUGAAUUUUUUAAAAUAGGAUUUUAUCCAAAAAAUUUUGUAGAGACAUGGUUUGUGCAUGGGAGACUCAAGUGGUAGGAAAAGCAUGAGUGUACGUUGACAGAUGUUUUUUUAUAUAAAUAAUAGCAACUAACUAUGUUUAGCAAGUUAUUGAAGUGCAUUCAUUUUAAUUGGCUAACUUUUUACAUUUUUUCCAGCAUUUUUUAAACAAACCACAGGUUAUAAAUGAUAACUUUCUAUAUCUAAUUAAAACAAUCUGUCAUGUACACUCAUGCAAAAUAAGUACAUAACUGUAAAAAUGUGCUUUAGUAAAUAAAUGAGUAAUUUAUCCAUGCACAUGAUGCACUUGACCUACUUUGUUUGUAUUUUUUCAGAUUAAAAUUAAUGCAACAAUAAAACAAGAAGAUGUCCAUUUAUAUAAUGCACAAGUCAAUUCCUGGAGUAACCAUCCCCCCAGGAAUUUGCCUGAUAGACAGUUCACGGGGGUUGGGAAUUUGCCUGUCAUAACGUGCACAGGGGCCGGGUAUUGUUAUAGUCGCUGAGGACCCCAGGGAUUUGACAAAUAGUUUCACUCUUGCGGAACUUACUACCUGUGCCAUGCGAAUAAAGUUUAUAAUAUUCCAUGGCAGUUUAAUAGUAUGUUAUUAAAUGACUAUGCCUAUGAUAUGCAUUCAUCGUCCCCGGGGUGGGGCAUUUUCCACUCUCAGCUUGCCCAAGGGCCGUGCAUUAGUCUCCUAGUUGUGUCCCGGCACACUUCUUCUGUUAACUUUGCACUAUCGUAACCAGUCAAAUCAAAUGCCCGAGGGUGUUCCCCGGGGAGAGGGUGUUCCCCUGGAAUUGACUCGUGCAUAAUAUUUAUUAAAUUUCAAUAAAUUGACCACAAUAACAUGCCUAUGAUAAUUAUAAUUUGAUAUACAAUAUGAUGUAUAUGAUAAUACAAUAAAAAUUUGUUUUAUUGUUUUAAAACAAGUGGAGCUCUCUGCUUGUUUAAAAUGGGCUGUUAUAACACUGAGUUAUCCAUGCUCAGGAUUCUGCAGCUCGAUUUGCAACAAAAACAUCGGGAUCAGGCGAUCAGCUCGUAUGAGAAUAUGUACACGAUCCAGUCGCGUCGGCCAGAGACAGAAAAAAACUUUGAAAAUCGCACAGAUAUAAAUUCUAUAAAAAUAUUGAAACAACUCCUAAGUCUUCUAAAUACUAUUUUAACACUUUAACAAAAAUUCAUUGAAAAUAUAAUCUUUGAUGGCGCAAAUUCUUUCCAAGGUAUUAGACGCCAUUUUAGCGAGCGUCGAGUUGACAAUAGUCGCUUCAAUGGCCAAUAUCUCGAAAACUGCAGGGGGAUCACCGGGAUCAUUCCUGCAGAUUUAAAACUUGUAUGUUUUUCUUGACGACUGCCAAAAAUGAGGAAAAUUGAACCAUGGAAAUUCUAGAUAUUUCAUUUUAAACAUUGUAAACAUAUUUAGACUUGAGUCAACACGUCGCGGGGAGUCGUCUAACUUCAAACAUCAAAAUAACAUUGAGAAUAACGUUUAGAUCAGAUAUUUUUGCAAAUAUCACCAGAUCUUUAGCAGUCGUACUACUACACUUGAAAUUUUGCAAGAAAAUUUUAAUAUUAAUGUUUUUUCUCGAUUUAUUUUCCGUCGAAUACAAAUUUUUCUGCCCAAAUUCUGCAGAAAACACGAUGGAAAAUACAGCGAUCUCAUUGGUCGAGAGCUCACGUGACAACUCGCUAAUUGUUUUCCAACCUCCUCUGUCAGAAUUCGUAACUUAUUUUAUGAACAGAUCGAACCAAUCAUAUACAUUGAUGACAGCGCCAUAUCAUAAUUUUACUUGCUCAUUUUUACUUGCUCAUAUUUUUCCAGGCAGCCGUCAUUGAAUUUACUUUGCUGGGGGUAAAGUACAUGGGAAAAAAUAAUGGUGGUCAUGGUGGAUGUAUUGUGAACAUGGCAUCGGGUGCAGGUAUUUAUUCUCUAAAUAUUUAAAUACUAGAAAAACAUGCUUGAGGCAAACCUAUAUGUAUCAUCAGUUCAUCACCUUGAAAAUUACUUCACCGAACAGAAAGUUAAGUCGAACCUCGUGAAAGCUAAUUUACGAGCUUCCAUUGUCAUGGUGUCUAGAAUCGGUGUUGCACUUCUUGGUCUUCCUCUCCCCCCUUCGUGAAGGCCUUUCGAUGAACUUGGUGUUUCUUAUUAUAGAGUUAAAUAAUGUCAUACAACAUAUUGCCAAUCUUCUCCGGCAAGUUACCACAAUUUGACUACCAGGUGUUCAUAGAAAGAACUUGAAUCUCUGAUGAGUGAUAUUGUGCUUAAGAGGCUGUCCGCCUAAGAGCGUUCCAAUCGUUUUCGCGUCAGAAAUUAAAAGUCCUUAAUUUUUCAUUUAAAAGGACUUGAUGUAUAAGUUUCAAAAUGGGUAUUCUUUUGAGCUCAAUCUUUUUUCCGUUCAGAUACAAAACCAAUUUCGUUUUCUAGACUAGACACCCGUUUUGAGGCCGAUUCCGUACCCGAAAUUUGCCAAAAUCUAGAGGUGCGCUGCAGGAAAACAAACAAGUGUCAGCAAAACAUUUCUAUACCAUAAUAUUAAGAUACAUUUUAAUAGUUCAUGACUGCAAGAUCGUGGACAAACAUAAAAAUAUAAAUAAACUAAGCCCACUUAAAGACGCCCGUAUGCUAAGGCGAUCCGAAUAUAUAAAAAUUUAAACAAAAUUAGAGGCUAAAAUCUCGAAUUCGGCGCCGAUAUUGAGGACAAAUCACAUUCUAUAGUCGAGAUCUUACCACGUGCUGAUAGUUUAUUGUAUCAAAGUUGUGGGUAUCCCUUUGAAUUUGACGCGAGUUUAACUUCCAUCUCGAGUAAUACGCCAUUGUUUACAAUAUCUUGUUGUCAAGUGACGGGCGCAGAGAAAUAUUCAAACACGCAUUAUAGUAAUUAUACGGCAUUCCCGAGCAAAGUUUUAUCCAUAGAAACAUCUUUGACGUGUAAUUCUUUCAAACUUUUCUCCUGGACCAGUGUUUUAGCGAAAGAAUGAGAAUAUUUAGUAAGCCGUGUUUCAUUCGAAAAGUGUCUGUUUCAAAAACUUUCACUGACAAGCUAGCUGUACUUUAUAUAUAGCAAUAUAAUUUCCACAAUCAAAGUUCGUUUGCUUAUUAUAUCCUUUGCUACUGCAGGUUUUGCACAGUAUCUUUGACAUUGCCAUUUCUAUUUACCAUAGUUUCCUGUCUGACUUGGCGUAAAAAUAAUGAAUGUAAUGUAAACCCGACUGCAUGGCCAAAAAUAGAAUGUUCUAAUUAUUUACAGGCAUGUCACCGAGACACAUCAGUGACAUCACGCAACGACUGAUAUAUUAUUAGACCAAAAGUAAUUCGAGGUUCUGCAGUCAUACUCUCGUAGUCAAACAAGAUUGCUAUCAUGGAAUAUUAUUCUCUAAAUUAUAUUCUCAGGAAUAUUUUCUGUAGCAAUCGUAAACAACUGACUUUGCUUCGGUCAGCCUUUCUGUUCUUUUUGGGUACGCAAGUUUUAACAUGAGUAGUUGGCCACAAAUUGUGUCCAUCCUGAAACAGUUAUACCCUAAAUAGAUAGACAUUUUGGUUUGUUUAUACACCGAGAAAGCGCCGGGCUUCUACUAUAUUAUAAUUUUGGCCGUUUAAUGUCACAGCAAAUUCGCAUUUUUCUGAUACUUAUACGACUAUUAAUUGUGCAAUCGUCACAAUAUGUUACAGUAACUCUAGGCAGGGGGGGGGGGCAGGCAACGCCCUGAUCACAAGUGAAGCUGGUUGUAUAAAAUAAAAGGUAAUUUAUAUAAGUAGCUACAGGUCUCGCAACGCCCUGUUGUCAAAUUGAAAUGGCAUCGUCUACGACAGUGAAGUGUUUUAUGUAGUACUACUUAGUGAAUGCAAAAAUGAUAUAACAGCCCAUUUGCAGCGAUGUCAUCUUUCAAAAGGAGGAAUAAAUAGCGAAGAGGAGUUGAUUAUGAUGCGGGCUGGAUUCCUUUACCCAACAGAGCAACAAUUCCAAACAAUGUUUGUAUGCCCGAGACAUCCAGCGAAUCUUGGCGAAUUCUGGGGAAACCAGAGUCGAACUUCGGCAUGCCAAUACCCUGAGCACAGAGGAAAGAAGAAAGGCGUCAAGAACGAUAGAGUAGUGUCCGUAAAGAUCGCACGAGAAGUCCAGCAAAUGUUUGCUGUUAUUAUUCCCGUCGGAAUGGGUAAGGCUAUGACGAAUUUUUUCGAACUGAUAGCGCAAUACACAGUAUAUUCUCUUUAAUUGUGCCCUUUCCAAACAUUACCAAAUUUAAACCAAAAACCAUUAUACACAGUCUUUUAAACGAUUAUUUGGGUUGCUAUUGUUUCUAGCUAUAUGCAACAGCUGUAGAAAAAGACAUAAUGAAAAACUAAAGGAAUAUCAGCCAUCGCGCCUUGAAGAAGACGACACCUAA